GUUCCAACAGGAGUUCAAUCAAGCACAGCUGUAGUACUGAAUGAAUUUGAGUAACAUUUGAACCUUUACUUCAGUCAGAUGUGUACAGCCAUUCAGUCACUUAUUUUUCCAUCCCACGAUGACAUCGAGUGUAACCGGAGUAGGAGCAGUUGAAUGGCACUAUGCCCAGCUUUUUUGGGGGUAGAUCAGUCAAGACCAUGGGACCCACAAGGAAAACCCUGCAAGUCCUCCAGCCUUCUGCAGUCAAUAAAAACGACGGCAGGGUAGUACCGACAGGAAAGGCGGUUUCCAAAAGGAAACGGUGGAACGCUGAACAAGUGAAGGGCUCAAAGAGGGUGAAGGCCGAAGUUGCUGUCACAUCACCAAAAGCAGAGAAUGACAAUCGCCCCGACGGCGUUACCAAGGAGACCUACGAGCUAAUGGUCAAAGAAACCCCUCCCUCUUCCUAUUGGAAAGAGGUAGCCGAGGAGAGGCGUAAAGCGCUCUACAAAGUGCUCCAGGAGAAUGAGGAGUUGCACAAAGGCAUCGAGGCCAAGGAUGAGCAGAUAGCCCAGCUGAAGACAGAGAAUGAUGAGCUUCAGGAACUGGCCCAACAUGUACAGCACAUGGCUGACAUGAUAGAGAGGUUAACUGGAAAGAGUCCGGAAAGUCAAGAGGACCUGCGUGAGAUUGCGCUUGGUGCCGAGGACGAUUUUGAGGAACUAGACGAAUCUGAUGGCCCCAGUACCAGCAGUGACUUCACACCCAGGUCUGAUGUCUUUGAGGAGGAUGUCACAGAAGAUGAGGUCACAGAACAAAAGGAAGAUUAACCCUCAGGGGAGGAUGAUUGACUGAAUGUACUGGUGAAAUCCCUUCAGGCAAUGCCUGUGCUUCUCACUUAACAUUCUGGCAUUGAUGCCUGUAGUUACAUUAUAUUCUUUGCUUAACAUCUGAGGUACUUGCGUAAGAUUUUUACUUUAACCACACCCUUUUUGCCACACGGCUUUGAAAAGAGGCGCUUCCCUAAUUUUUAUUUUUGCUUUGCUAUUGACUUUUAAAAUGGCAUUUGUUGGUGUUCAAUUAAACUUAGGAUUUUGUUAUAGUGCAGUUUUAAUGCACUCCGUACAUAAGCUUCAGGACUGUCCUAUGAAAUAAACCUUUUUUUUUUUUUUUUAUCGCUUGCAUUUUAAUUCCUGAAACCAGUGUGAUGUCACUUAGCCUAUUCGUUGUAACACUAAAAGGCAUCAAUUACGUUUGAAGAGCCAUAGUGUCUCUGCAAUGUACGCAGGGUGUUGUAACACCCUGUGGUGUUUUAAAUCCUAUUAUAUACUGGGUGUUUUGAGCCCUGAAUGCUGAUUGGCUAAAAGCCAGUCACUGCCCUAUCCCAUCUGGACCAGAGGAAUGCUGUUCAUUGACUACAGCUCAGCAUUCAACACCAUAGUACCCUCAACUCAUCAAGCUUGAGACCCUGGGUCUCGACCCCACCCUGUGCAACUGGGUCCUGGACUUCCUGACAGUUUGCCCCCAGGUGGGGAAGGUAGGAAAAAUCUUCACUCUGCUGGUCCUUAACACUGGGGCCCCACAAGGCUGUGUUCUCAGCCAUCCCCUGUACUCACCCACACCUCCAACUCGAUCAUCACGUUUGCAGAUGACACUAAAAUGGUAGGGUUGAUUACCAACGACGAGACGUCCUACAUGGAGGUGAGGGCCCUCGGUGUGUGGUGUCAGGAAAAUAACCUCACGCAACGUCAGUGAAACAAAAGGGAUCGUGGGCUACAGGAAACGGCUAGGGAGUACCCCCUAUCCACAUCGACGGGACCGCAGUAGAGAAGGUGGAACGUUUUUAACUUCCUCGGUCUACAUUUCACUGAAAUGGUCCACGCACACAGACAGUGAAGUACAACAGUGCCUCUUCAACCUCCAGGAGGCUGAAAUGUCUUGUCACCGACAACACGCACCAACUUUGACAGGUGCACAUUUGGGCGCAUCCUGUCGGGCUAUAUCAUGUCCUGGUACGGCAACUGCACUGGCCAAAACCAUAGGCCUCUCCAGAGGGUCGUGAGGUCUGCACAACCCAUCACUGGGGGCAAACUACCUGCCCUCCAGGACACAGGCAACACCCGACGUCACAGGAAGGCAAAAAGAUCAUGAAGGACAACCACCCAAGCCACUACCUGUUCACCCCGCUUCUAACCAGAGGGUGAGGUGCGUAAAGGUGCAUGAGCGCUGGGACAGAGCGCUUGAAGAACCACUUCUAUCUCAAGGCCGUCAGCUUGUUAAACAGCCAUCACUAGCGCAGAGAGGCGGCUGCCUACCUACAGACUCUAUAUCACUGGCCACUUUAAGUGGAACACUAGUCACUUUAAUAAUGCCUCAUCUCGCAUUACUCAUAUAUGUAUAUACUGUAUUCUUUACUAUCUAUUGCAUCUUAGCUGCUCUGUCACUGUUCAUCCAUAUUUUGUACUUGUAUAUUCUCAUUCCUUUACUAUAUUGUGUUUAUUAGGUUUUGUGGAAUUGUUAUACUGCUGCACUGUCAGAUCUAGAAGCAUAAGAAUUUCACUACUCACAAUGCUGUGUGACCAAUAAAAUUUGAUUUGACAUUUA